UCCUGGCUCCGCCACUGCUGGCAAUCAUUCUGUUUUCUUAAUGGGAGAAGAGGUACCAGGAUACCACCUGGAAGACAAGCACAGUGUGCACCGAGAGAAGAUGGCAGGAACAAUGGUACAAAUUCAAGAUAAUAACAUAGCAGAUAGACAGAAACAGAAUUACUUUACACUAAUUCGACGUCUAUCGAGCAAUGGAACAACAAAGACAGAUCAAACAACUGCUCCGGGAGGGGACGUUGAGGAUGACGACGGCGACGAGCAAGUCGGCGUCUGUGAAGCUUCACCGGAGCCAUUCCAGCUCUUCCAAAGGCACAACGAGAGCCUAAAGGAAGCUGAGGAGCCAGGACGCCAAUGGUGCGGAGCCGUUUGCCAUCGAGAGGACCAGGGCAAGCCAUCAUGGACCUCCGGACCAAGCUCAACAUCUCCCUCGCCUCAGUCGACGCCAUGUCCUGGAGGGUCGUUGCUGGGUCGCCAUCCAUGACAAUGAGCUCCUACCGCAGCUCGUGGAGCCAAUCUGAAUGCUGGCAAGGAUGUGGCGAGUCAUCGGCAACGCGCACCGGGUGAUGAAGCGCAUGGCGGACAAGCCGAGCAUGCUCCUCUUGUUGUCGGCCGCACGGUUUGAGGGAGGCAUCAAGAGAC